GCAGUGUCCUGUUUGAAGCCUCGUCAGCAGUAUGCACAGUGCUCUGGUUGUGUGUCUGUGUAGAAGGUGAGUGUGUCUCUGAUUGCUGGUCUCUCUUCAGAGCGAGGCAGUGCCUGUUUGAAGCCUCGUCAGCAGUAUGCACAGUGCUCUGGUUGUGUGUCUGUGUAGAAGGUGAGUGUGUCUCUGAUGCUGGUCUCUCUUCAGAGCGAGGCAGUGUCCUGUUUGAAGAAAGCUCGUCAGCAGUAUGCACAGCGCUGUGAGGAGCUGGAAAAGGCUCGUGUGAGCAGCGCCCGGGCGGAGGAGGAGACGGGGGCAGCGGGCAGCGGCAGCAAGACUCUGGAUAAGAGGCGGCGCACACAGGACGAGGCUCACUGCAAGGCUCAGGAGGCAACAGCUCACUACAAAGCAUGUGUGACCGAGGCCAACACCCGACAGCAAGAGCUGAGCAGAGCGAAGGAGAGGAUCGUCAGCCACGUUCAUAAGCUCAUCCUCCAGGGGGACCUUGUGCUGAAGGAGGUGACCGUGAACAUGUUCCACUAUCAGAGGCUGCAGACUGAGCCAGCUCCCCAGGGCUUCCUGAACCUGGAGCUGACCUGCAGACCCUGUGAGCCGGGGGAGACCUACCUGUCCUUCAUCCAGAAGAGGAGACUCCGGGACCUGCCUGCAGAGAGAUUCACCUUCCAGGAGCUCCUCCCGCAGGGAAAGAGGUCAUCCUCCAGUGGCCAUCAGAAGGUCUGCAACAGCCAGCCCGGCACUGUGAUGGACAUGCCCCCCCUGCCUGACGAGACUUGUGGGAGGAGCUCGGUGGGGAUGAGACCAGGCAGCAGUGAUGCCGAGAGCUUAGGGGGCAGCUUUGAGUCUCCGCUGUCCAGCCCAGCUCACCCUGGCAGGAAGCUGUGGAAGGCACCCUCUACUGGCACCAUGUCCUCGGAGGACCUGGAAGAGAAGGAGGCGGGGCCACAGUACGAUGGAGAAUCGGGGGAUAAUUACGGUACCCUGGGAAGCCGCUUGAAGAACGUGUCUCUGUCCAGAGCAGCGCAGACGCACUGCCUGCGCAAGUCCAAGGGGAAAAUGUCCAAGUGCCGGCAGUGUGAGAAUUACAUCUACAUGAGCGGUGUUGAGUGUGAGGAGUGUAACCUGGCGUUCCACCGGAAGUGUCUGGAGCUGUGCGUGCCGGAGUGCGAGAGCCGGAAGCUGGGGGCGCAGGGGGGGGUGUUCGGGGUGGACUUUGCUCUCGUCCCCCGCAGAUUCCCAGAGGAGGUGCCCUUCAUCGUGCGCCGCUGCACUGCUGAGAUUGAGAGCCGAGCUCUGGGUGUGCAGGGAGUGUAUCGGGUUAGUGGUGCUAAGCCCAGGAUACAGAAGCUGUGCCAAUCCUUCGAGAGCCAGCGGGAGGAGGUGGAGCUAUCGGAACAUUCGCCUCAUGACAUCACUGGCGUCCUCAAGCACUUCCUCAAAGAGCUGCCGGAGCCGGUAGUGGUGUUUGACCUCUAUGACGAGUUCAUGGCUCUGGGGAAGGACAUCCAACGUGUGAGUGAUGGGCAUGACUCACCAGAGGCUGCUGGGAUACUGGACCUGAGCGCACGAGACCUGCUGUGCAGACUGCCGGCAUCCAACUACAACACGCUGAAACACAUCAUUGCACAUCUCUAUAGGGUCUCUGAGCAGUUCGAGGAGAACAAAAUGUCCCCCAGUAAUCUGGGCAUCAUCUUCGGGCCAACCCUGCUGCGCCCCCCGGUGUCGGGAGAUGUCUCCAUGAUUGCUCUGCUGGACUCGGGAUACCAGGCCCUGCUGGUGGAGUUCCUGAUCUCCCACUGCGAGAGCGUGUUCGGGCUGGACGAGCUGCCCCGCUCCUCCCCGGUGCUGGCAGGGGGAGAGGGGGCGAGGGAGAGGGACAGGCAGGCGCAGCGCCCGCGCUCCUUGGAGAGCGUCCCCAUGAAGCGAGACUCGAGCGAGGGCUAUAUAUCCGACAAGUCGUCUUCCAAUGAGGCGGUCGAUCAGCUCAGCCCAGACACCAAUGAGAGCGCAGUUGUCGACUCAGCUAUGACCCCAGCACUCGGUUCCACAGAGGGGGCAGAUUUAGAUUCAGAGCCAGCGGGAAGCACUCAGUCCAGGGGGCACUUCAGCCGUCAGCCCAUCAAGUACCAGCGGCAGCCGGUUCCAUCUAGAAUCCUCCCGGUGAUCCUGAAGAACAGUCUGCCUCGUAUCCCCUCGGAGCUGCAGAGUGAGGAGCAGGCGUCCCCCGAGCAUAGGGCCAGGCCAGGCAGCAGGAGCUCCACCCCAGAGCGGCCCAGGCUGGAGAUCACACAGGAAACUGCCAGGCUUCUCUGCAAGGCCCGUGGGGAUGGAUCCGGGAUCGGGCUUCUCCAGGACACGUGCUCCGAGGCCAGCAAGGAGCAGUGGAAGCCAACAGGAAACAGCCAGGCUGAACAGCCCUGUCGGGAAUCGCAGGUGGACGGCCUUGCCAAGCACAACAACAACCAGUCCAACAGUAACGCAGUCUACGCUGGAGAUGGGAACUCUGUGGAGAAGAUCCUGUCUGGACUGAGGCUUCGACAGACCGACACAGCCCGGGGCAGGCAGCUCCAUUUCAUGUGAUCAGAUUGGAAACUCGAGCAUGCUUUGGUGGAAAUGGGUCGUCCUGUUGAGCGAAAUACUGUUCUCUCUGGACUGGAACACUUUGCAUUUACUCCCAGUGACACUUCUUCAGCCCUGAAGGAAUUGGUCUCUGAUUAUUGACAUAAGGUCCCUGCAGAAUUAUUUAAAAACUUUAUUAUAAACUGUGUUUGACUGUCGCUGACUUAUUUACCACAGUCAGGGCCAGAAUACAUUCUGUACCUCACAUUUGUUUUAAGAAUCCAGACCCUUUUAGCUCAGUGGUUUGUUUUCUCUGUGAACUCAAGUGCUACUGGCUGCAGCCGCCCGGGGCAAUCGCACGAAUGCCGUUCGUAGGGUGUUGCUUCAGCUCAUUGCAGGCGUGUUUUGUAUGUGCUCUGAUCUUACAAGAAACACCCCCUUGUUCUUCUGAAGUAACAGCCUUCUUCAAUAAGAACAGCAAGGUCUGGGAAAAGACCAUUCGGCCCAUCAAGACUCGUCCCUUGUUUACCCCUCUUAGUAGGUGAUGUUGCUCUUGAAAUGCUGUUAAGAGAUCUGUGAUUUGUUGGUUACACCACCGCUUAGACCUCUAGUUUGUAUGGUGCCAGGCUUGGCAGUCCCUCGUCUUUGCAGAAACUUAUUUUGGGGGUGCAGGAAAUGUGUCGCUGUCAUUUUGUUUUUAAAAGUAAAGGAAUAUUUCAGGAAACGACAGCAUUAGCUGAUUCAAAGUUAGGGAUACCAAGAUGUUUAGUUAACUAGCAGCCUGAUCAAUGGGGUGAAAGUGACAGUAGCCCGUGUUCAUUCCUGGGUGAAAUGUUACUGCACCCCUACAAUGCGGUGAACUCCUCUGAAUCCAUGUGUUAUUGUUUCUAAUGUGUGUUUUUGUACAAAGAAUAAAAAUGACCUCUGAAUGUAAA